AUGGCCGUACUUCCCGUUCCGUCGAAGGCCCCUGCGAAGCCCGUGGACCUCGAAGUGAAAGCGCGGCCAGACAAGAGCCUUCACAUCCGUUGGCAAGCGGACGGCGCUCAUGGCCGCUUUCAGGUGGAGGUGUGUUACUUCGAAUUUGAAGGUCCUAUGCUUGACCCGUUUCAUUCCAGCGGCGUCAUUGAAGUGGAGAGGUGUGCAGCCCUCGUGCCUCAUCCUGAGAAGGUGCCAAAGGACCAAGCCUGGGUUGUGAAGGUGUUCGUGAAGGCAGUGUCAGAAGAUGGUCUGUUGAGUGAAGCAGCGGAGAAACAGGUCACUUGGGAUGCUGAACUCUCCGUUGAGGAAACGGCCAAAGAUUUGAAACAACGAGUUGCAGAGUUUGAACAAACAGAGUUUGCCCACUUUGUAGCGGCGAAGGGUGAUCCACACAUUGUAGUUGUGGCCGCUCAGCACCAUGGCAAGUCUUCUCACAUCAACCACUUGUCUCGCUGCUUGCAUGGUGAUUUGACGUUGAACGACCACAUGGACCAAGCACCAGCGAGCGAAGAAGAGAAGACCGUGGCCCUGAAGAGUAUCAAAAUUCCCCUUGGCUCCUCACACAUGGUGCUUGUGGACACGCCAGCAUUCCCCAACAUGAACGACGAGAUGCAAGGCAAGCUGAAGACCUUGUUGUCCACUGGAGUGAAGGACGGUGCGCGGAGACAGGACCUUGCACCAGAGAAGCAGAGUUCCUUCAGCAAGCCGCCGCAUGGAGCGAUCGUCGUGGUGUCUCUGUGCCACUGGCGUGAUCAGAAGACAGAGACCCAAGGAUAUCUCCAAAAGAUGGCAGGAGUCUUCAAGACGGCCUCCGGUGGUAGAGUCGAGUUUCCCUACGUUGUGGUGGUGACUUUCCUUGACGAAUUCCUGAGGGACUGUCAGAAAGAGGAUCCAAGGGAAGAACUUGAGAGUGCCCUGGAAGGUAUCAAGAGAUUCUCAAAGACAGACCAUGUCUACGCGAUCACGAACUACAAGCGGAACAGUUGUGGAAGUCUUCGCACCAACAAGGCAACCUUCGAUCUCCUGUCCCAACUUCUUGAGAAAGCCAUGCGCGAGAACACGGCCACACCCGUGCAGGAGUGGGCUUCGGCAGCAUUUGCUGCUGUGGCAGCCACACCCAGGAGCGAAGCAGCCCUGGCUGGCUAUGCGCAGAGCUUGGGCGGGCAAUCUGAUGUGCAGAUCAAGUUGUUCCGCUACUCGGAGCAGGAUGGGCUGGACACUGAUGCGUUGAAAGCAGAAGUCGAGUCAGCGUCUGAAGCCUCAGUUCUUCUCCUUGCUACAGCUGCCUCCUGCUACUUGUGGUUUGAUAAGGACGAGGGGGACCGCCCCGGAAACGUGGAACAAAUUUGCACCAUUUUGAAGAAUUUUCCAGAGAUCAGAGUGAACUUCGUUGUGUGUCCCACUAACAAGUCAGCUCGAGAUGGAUGGCAACAGCAUCCGCCUGACUUCCAGAAGGUCUUUCGUGGUUUUCUCCCAGAGACACGGAGACCGCACACUUGGACAGACUUCGAUCCGGAACAAGAUCUUGGGCAUUGGCAAGAGCGGAUUCGUAGCUUGAUUUACAGUGCACAACACAAGCAAGCCUUGCAGUGCCAAGAUGUUCAUCAAGAGCCAAGAGGUGGGUGGAUUUGGAAACAAAUUCGGAGCUUGACCCGCCGAGUUGCAAGAGCUUUGAACCAUCAGGACAUCCACCAACCGCCACCGCAUAGAUGGCCCUUUGGAAGUGGAGCCCUUUGGAAAUCAGUUGGGUUUUCCCUUCUCCUUCUUGGGAUUGUCGGCAUUCUGUUCCAUUUGACUUCCAAGGUGGACAUGCAAAAGCAACAGCUGGACACGCAACAGCAAAAGCUGCAUAGGCAUCAGCAAGAGAUCCAAGUCCUUCGUGACAAAAUCCUUUCCCUAGAAAGAAAGGACAAGGCACAUUCCGAAAAGAUUUUGGAGCUUGGUCCUACCUCCACAGGACAAAGCACGAUGAUUUCACACCUCAAUUCUACUUCUGAGUUGCAUGGCAAAAGACUAUCGGCGUUGAGCUCACUGCAGGAAGAUACCAAAUCCAGUGGAGAUUGGUGUGCCAGGGAGGUUGGGCAUCUUCGUGGGCAGAUGUCGGAGUGCUCCCGCAAUGCUUGUGCCCCAGACACUUGCGCCGCCGCAUUCUACCAGGAGAAGGCUCAGCAGCUUCUGCAAGAUACCAAGCCAAUGGAGAUUCCUUCCAGAAAUCAGAGUCUAGAUGCUGUGAAUGAGAUGCAAUGCCAGAAUUGUCAGUGUCCAGCCCCGGCAAAGCCCGUGGACCUCGAAGUGAAAGCGCGGCCAAACAAGAGCCUUCACAUCCGUUGGCAAACGGAAGACGGUGCUCAUGGCCACUUUCAGGUGGAGGUGUGUUACUUUGAAUUUGAAGGUCCUAUCAUCGACCCAUUCCAUUCCACCGGCAUCAUUCAAGUGGAGAGGUGCGCAGCCCUCGUGCCUCAUCCUGAGCAAGUGCCACGGGACCAAGCCUGUGUUGUGAAGGUCGUCCUGAGGGCAGUGUCUGAAGACGGUUUGCUGAGUGAAGCAGCGAAAAAACAGGUCACUUGGGAUGCUGAACUCUCCGUUGAGGAAACGGCCAAAGAUUUGAAACAAAGAGUCGCAGAGUUUGAACAAACAGAGUUUGCUCACUUUGUAGCGGCGAAGGGUGAUCCACACAUUGUUGUUGUGGCCGCUCAGCACCAUGGCAAGUCUUCUCACAUCAACCACUUGUCUCGCUGCUUGCAUGGUGAUUUGACGUUGAACGACCACAUGGACCAAGCACCAGCGAGCGAAGAAGAGAAGACCGUGGCCCUGAAGAGUAUCAAAAUUCCCCUUGGCUCCUCACACAUGGUGCUUGUGGACACGCCAGCAUUCCCCAACAUGAACGACGAGAUGCAAGGCAAGCUGAAGACCUUGUUGUCCACUGGAGUGAAGGACGGUGCGCGGAGACAGGACCUUGCACCAGAGAAGCAGAGUUCCUUCAGCAAGCCGCCGCAUGGAGCGAUCGUCGUGGUGUCUCUGUGCCACUGGCGUGAUCAGAAGACAGAGACCCAAGGAUAUCUCCAAAAGAUGGCAGGAGUCUUCAAGACGGCCUCCGGUGGUAGAGUCGAGUUUCCCUACGUUGUGGUGGUGACUUUCCUUGACGAAUUCCUGAGGGACUGUCAGAAAGAGGAUCCAAGGGAAGAACUUGAGAGUGCCCUGGAAGGUAUCAAGAGAUUCUCAAAGACAGACCAUGUCUACGCGAUCACGAACUACAAGCGGAACAGUUGUGGAAGUCUUCGCACCAACAAGGCAACCUUCGAUCUCCUGUCUCAACUUCUUGAGAAAGCCAUGCGUGAGAACACGGCCACACCCGUGCAGGAGUGGGCUUCGGCAGCAUCUACUGCUGUGGCAGCCACACCCAAGUUGCCAUGGAUCAGCCUUGCACCUUCGCAGCCUGCUUUUACGAGGAGCAAAGCAGCUUUGGCUGGCUAUGCGCAGAGCUUGGGCGGGCAAUCUGAUGUGCAGAUCAAGUUGUUCCACUACUCGGAGCAGGAUGGGUUGGAUGCAGAUGCUUUGGAAGCACAAGUCUUGUCAGCCUCUGAAGCCUCAGUUCUUCUUCUUGCCACGGCUGCCUCCAGCUACUUGUGGUUUGAUGCGGAACAUUACCCCAGAAACGUGGAACUUUGCACCAUUUUGAAGAAUUUUCCAGAGAUCAGAGUGAACUUCGUUGUGUGUCCCACUACCAAUUCAGCUCGAGAUGGAUGGCAACAGCAUCAGUCUGACUUGGGGAGCAUCUUUGGUAACUUUCUCCCUGAGACCGGCAACGUGGACACUUGGACGAAGUACAAUCCUGACCAAAAAAUUGAACCAGAGCAGAUUCGCAGCUUGAUCUGUCGAGCACGCAGUCCUUCAAGUUCAAACCAUGAAAGUUUACGUGUGCAAGCCAAAAGCGGAUCGAUGUGGACAUCAUUUGCCUUUGUCACCUUUGUCCUACUCUUGCUUGCUGCUUUUGUCCUGCAACAUCUUGCCAUACAAGACCUUCGCAACCAGAUUCAGUCCCUGGAAACGAAGGGCAAGACAAGUUCCCAAAGGAUCUCCGAUCUUGGUACUGAUGUUGAGUCACAGGCAAAGGAGAUUCGAGAUGAGGUCGAGAAUCUCACUGCAGUCCUUGACAAGAGGAUUGACCAGAUUGAGGCUCGCCAUCAGUCCCAGAACAAGAAACUUGGAGAGCUUGAGUCUUCUAUGGAGUCACAUGCCACUAGCCUUUCCAGUCUGGUUUCUACAUCUGAGUCACAGGGCAAGAGGAUUACACAGCUUGCUACAGAUGCUGAGUUUCAGGCCAAGGAGAUUCGAGACAAUCUUCAUCAGCGUGCUGAAGCACUUGACAAGAGGAUUGGAGAAAUCAAUGGUAGGGCAGAAGUGCAUGGUCAGAAGAUUCAAGGCCUUGAGUCUUCUGUGAACUCAAAUGCCGUUCGCAUUUCAGAGCUUGCUUCUACGUCUGAGUCUCAGGGCAAGGCGAUUUCGGAGCUUGCUGCGAAUGUUGAUUCACGGGCAAAGGAGAUUCGGAAUGAGCUUCAUACUCGUGCUUCAGCACUUGAGAAGAAGACUGAGGACGUUGAUGCUAGGGCAGAAGUGCGUGGUCAGAAGAUUCAAGGCCUUGAGUCUUCUGUGAACUCAAAUGCCGUUCGCAUUUCAGAGCUUGCUUCUACGUCUGAGUCUCAGGGCAAGGCGAUUUCGGAGCUUGCUGCGAAUGUUGAUUCACGGGCAAAGGAGAUUCGGAAUGAGCUUCAUGCUCGUGCUUCAGCACUUGAGAAGAAGACUGAGGACAUUGAUGCUAGGGCAGAAGUGCAUGGUCAGAAGAUUCCAGGCCUUGAGUCUUCUGUGAACUCAAAUGCCGUUCGCAUUUCAGAGCUUGCUUCUACGUCUGAGUCUCAGGGCAAGGCGAUUUCGGAGCUUGCUGCGAAUGUUGAUUCACGGGCAAAGGAGAUUCGGAAUGAGCUUCAUGCUCGUGCUUCAGCACUUGAGAAGAAGACUGAGGACAUUGAUGCUAGGGCAGAAGUGCAUGGUCAGAAGAUUGAAGGCCUUGAGUCUUCUGUGAACUCAAAUGCCGUUCGCAUUUCAGAGCUUGCUUCUACGUCUGAGUCUCAGGGCAAGGCGAUUUCGGAGCUUGCUGCGAAUGUUGAAUCACGGGCAAAGGAGAGUCUAGACGAGGUCGACAAUCUCACGGCAACACUUGGCAAGAGAAUUGACCAGGUUGAGGCUAGCCAUCAGUCGCGAGGUAAGAAACUUGGAGAGCUUGAGUCUUCUAUGAAGUCAUGUUCCAAUGCCAUUGAGGAUGGUGUCCAAAAUAGUACAGCCUUGCUCGGCCAAAAGAUUGGCAACCUUGAGGUCAAAACUUGGCAGCACCAAAUGAAUAUUAAUAACCUCAUUGGUAUGAUCAACAGACAUACCGAGAUCGUGUCAGUUCUUGAAAUUACGUCUGAGUCACAUGGCCAAAGGAUUUCAGAGUGGCACAGAGAUGCGCAGGCACGAGCACAGCAAGUUGAGAACCUUUGUGUCAAUGCCACCCAAGCGACAGAACAGCAUUUAGCUGAUUUGAAGAGGCCUCUGGAAGACAUGAGCCUCAAGUGUCAAAUUGCUCGCCUAGUGGGCCCGGUUGUUGGCUUAUAGCUCUCGUGAGGUGGUGGCUCAGCACAGGUGGCAUUUGUAGUACAUGUGCCGCGACAGAAUGCUUCAGCAGCGUUCCCCGCGUGGAGUCCAAAGUGUCCG